GAACCAAACCAGGUGGCCUGCUUUGGCCUCAUCUCUUUCCCAAACAACAUCUCGCCUCUCCCUGUCAUGGCGGGUAAUUUAAUCCCUCACCAGUCACCACCCCUCCUGGCUGCUCUGUUUUAUUAUUGCCGCUCCCAUCCCGCCAUGUCCUCUGCCUCUCUCUCAUCUCGAGCCUCCUCUUCCUCAGCCUCCGACGACGCUGUUAGCUGAGAGCUAGGGAGGCCUGGUCUCCGCCGGCCAGCCAGUCAUGCUGGUGCGCUGCGACGUCUGCGGCGCCGAGCCGGCCGCCGUGCUCUGCUGCGCCGACGAGGCCGCGCUCUGCUCCGCCUGCGACCGCCGCGUCCACCGCGCCAACAAGCUCGCCGACAAGCACCGCCGCAUCCCGCUCACCCACCCCUCCGCCGACGACUCCGCCGCCGCCGCGCCGCUCUGCGACGUCUGCAAGGAGCGGAGGGGCCUGGUGUUCUGCGUGGAGGACCGCGCCAUCCUGUGCACCGACUGCGACGACCCCAUCCACAGCGCCAACGACCUCACCGCCAAGCACAGCCGCUUCCUCCUCGUCGGGGCGAAGCUCUCCGCCGGGCUCGUCGACCAGGCGCCCCCCUCCCCUGAUGACGGCUGCCGGGGCAGCGGCUCUGACAAGCCACACGACGUCGCCGCCAUCUGCGCGCCGCAGGCGCAGGGCUCCUGCACGGCCAAGAGCUUGGCUCCUGAUUGCAGCAACAUCUACGGCGGCGGCAGCAGCAUCUCCGACUACCUCACCAACAUCUGCCCCGGCUGGCGCGUCGACGACCUCCUCUUCGACGACGCCGCGUUCUCCGCCGCCUCGGAGACCAGGUGCGACGAGCACGAGCAGGUCCCGUCCCUGGACGCCGACCUCUUCGACGUGAUUGCCGGCCGGCCGGGGAAGCGCGGCGUGCUGGGCCUCGACAAGGUGCCUGCUGCUGCUGCUGCCUCCAUUGCGGUCCCGACGGCGGCCAAGCAGCAGGGGCGCGUGAGGGAGAGGCACUGGAACUGCGACAGCGACAGCGACGUGUUCGCAGUGCCGGAGAUCUCGCAGCCGCCGCCGGCCAAGAAGGCGCGGCCGCCGGCGCCGACUUUCUGGUGCUUCUGAUCGAGCUGCACCAUUCCGGCCGCCGUGCUAGCUCGAUCGCGUGGGCACUUCUUCGUUACUACUGUGUACCCAUGUGUGUGAGCUUGCUGUUACUGUGCUGUUUACCUCGUACUUACCACUACUAGCAGUGCACCAUCCCAGUCAAACUCGGUGCAGUUUAUGGCCAUGAGAGAUAUCGUUAUCGUACUAUAAAAACUUGUAAUUGUCAUGUGUGCAACCUAGCUAGCUACUUGGUCAUGUCACAAUUAAUUGAAUGUGUUGAUGAUCGUGAAAGAACACAUGUUCUGAAUUACCAAUGUUAAGUAAGGUGAUUUUAAUCCGAA